AUGGAACGUCGUAGAGCUUCGGUAAUCGGGAUAAUCAAUCUGAAUUGUUUUAAAAAAUCAUUAACAAAUGAUAAAUAUUUCUUAAGAACUUUGAGGCAUAUUUUCUUAUGUGAUCGGAAUCUGAAUGCUGCAAAGUCAAAACAAAAACCAGCAGAUUUACCUAAAUGGCAGUUCGGGGCUUAUAAAUCAAUGUUCAAUGCUUCUACCUUUAGCUUCUUGCAAAUACUAUAA